ACUGACCCGCGGUCAAGAACACUAUCGUAAUUUAUCGAAAAUACUUUAUUAAUGUUUUAACAUUAGAUUUUUUUUUAAAAUGCUAACAAACGUUUAAAUCUUAUAGACAAUUUAUUUAAACAAGAUGCGCGUGCUCCGCAUCCUGCGUUGUCGGCCGUUCUCCACCCGCGUGCUGGCGUUGCUGCUGAUCGCGAUAGCCUUCGGCAUCUACUGCUACUACUACAGUACAUCGCCGGCCUACCCUAAGCCAGCGAAUACUUUGAACACAAAUGAAAACAUGAAGGAGUUGCAGUAUGUUCGUGAUUCUCACCGAGCACUGCAGGAGCAGCCCUUCACCGACCAAUGCCCACUGGUCCGCGAGAGCGCUGCCGAUAUCGAUACCACGACUAUUUACCCGUCUUUCGACUUCCAGCCGAGUUGGUUACGGACCAAGGAGUUUUGGGACCGAACGUUCGAAGAUCGCUACGAGCUCAUCAAAAAUGACAGUCGCCGACCACCAUUGAAGGUUAUCGUGGUGCCGCACUCGCACAACGACCCUGGUUGGUUGAAAACUUUCGAACAGUACUUCGAGUGGAAGACGAAGAAUAUCAUCAACAACAUCGUGCAGAAGCUUCACCAGUACCCCAACAUGACUUUUAUCUGGACCGAAAUGUCAUUUCUCAACGCGUGGUGGGAGCGAUCCCACCCCGUCAAGCAAAAGGCACUGAAGAAGUUGAUCAAAGAAGGUCGACUCGAAAUUACGGGUGGAGGCUGGGUGAUGCCGGACGAAGCCUGCACGCACAUUUAUGCGUUGGUCGACCAGUUCAUUGAAGGACAUCAAUGGGUAAAAACGAAUCUUGGUACAUCGCCGAAGACCGGGUGGUCGAUCGAUCCAUUUGGUCAUGGUCCCACCGUACCCUACCUCCUGGACCAGAGUGGACUCGAAGGCACCGUCAUCCAGAGAAUACACUACGCCUGGAAGCAAUGGCUGGCGCAGAGGCAGAUCGAGGAGUUCUACUGGGUUACCAACUGGUCCGAAAAGAAGCCUUCUCUCAUCGUCCACAAUCAACCUUUCGAUAUCUAUUCUAUUAAGAGCACUUGCGGUCCACAUCCUUCUGUGUGCUUAGGCUUUGAUUUCAGGAAAAUACCGGGGGAAUAUUCAGAGUACACCGCAAAAUAUGAAGAAAUAACUGACCAAAAUGUUCACAGCAAAUCCAAGACUCUGAUAGACGAAUACGAUCGGAUUGGCUCCCUGACCACUCACAACGUCGUACUCGUCCCUCUCGGCGACGACUUCCGGUACGAGUAUGGCGUGGAGUUCGACGCACAGUACACUAAUUAUAUGAAAAUGUUCAAUUAUAUUAAUAAUCAUAAAGAUACUUUUAACGCUGAUGUUUCAUUUGGAACGCCUCUCGAUUAUUUUAACGCUAUGAAAGACAGGCACAAAAAUAUACCUACCCUCAAAGGAGACUUCUUUGUUUACUCCGAUAUAUUCAGCGAGGGGAAACCGGCUUACUGGUCCGGUUACUUUACGACCCGACCAUACCUAAAGAUCUUGGCUCGCCAGUUCGAACAUCACCUGAGAACCGCUGAAAUUAUCUUCACGCUAGUUGCUAACUAUAUAAAACAAUCGACCACCCUUAAACUGAUCUCAUCUGAAAAACGAUUAGAAAAAUUCUACGAACAAUUGAUUACCGCUCGUAGGAACUUAGGUCUGUUCCAGCACCAUGACGCAAUCACCGGAACUUCUAAAUCUAGCGUGAUGUUCGACUAUGGAACCAAGCUGUUCACGAGUAUUUAUCACUGCAUUCGUCUACAAGAGGCGGCGCUUACGACCAUCAUGUUGCCCGACCCAUCUCUUCACUCGCAGAGCAUUCUCCAAAGCCAGCACGAAUGGGAAACUUACGGUAAGCAACCGAAACAGUUACAGGUUUCGAUCGUUGACAAAAGGAAAGUUGUACUGUUUAACUCGCUUGCUGAAGAACGCACAGAUAUAAUAUCGGUCAGGUCGAAUACUACUAGCGUGCGUGUUUACGAUACGCGUAAGAAAGAGUAUGUCCAAUAUCAAAUUACGCCGAUUAUUGAAAUACGCGAACACGGAAAAUAUGUCAUUAGUGAUACGAACUUUGAGGUUCUUUUCGUCGCCACGGUGCCACCUCUCACAGCAGUCACGUUUAACCUAGAGGAAUACACGAACACGUCGCAACACUGCAUAAUCUUUUGCAAUAAUUGCAGCGAUAAAAUAUUGGGCUCCGAUAAAACGGAAAAUUUCACUGUAAAAAAGAUGAUGCCUGGUGAUAUUCAGCUAGAGAAUUCGGUUUUAAAACUUUUAGUUGAUAGGAACACUGGGCUCUUGAGGCAAAUCAACAGGAAAGAUAAUCGUAGGAGACACGUAGUCGAAAUGCAGUUCGGUGCUUAUCAAAGCGCGCAGCGACACUCUGGAGCCUACCUCUUCAUGCCAGACUACGACGCUCCCGAGAAGAAGGUCCUACAUCAAUACGGCAGCGGAACCAGCCAGCAAGACGAGAACAUAAUUAUUUUAUCGGGUCCCGUCUCCACUGAGAUCACCACGCUGUACCUGCCACUUCUAGUUCACACGCUUAAAAUUUACAAUGUCAAAGAUAUUGCUCUGUCGCACGCCGUACACGUCGAGAAUGUCGUUGACUUUGAAAGCCCUCCGAAAAAUCGAGAAACUGAGAUGUUCAUGAGAUUACAGACAAACAUACAAAACGGAGAAGAGCCAGAAUUUUAUACCGACCAGAACGGCUUUCAGUACCAGAAAAGGAUUAAAGUUGAAAAGUUAGGUAUCGAAGGAAACUACUACCCGAUCACAACGAUGGCGUGGCUGCAGGAUGAGGAGGUCAGGCUUACUCUCAUAACCAACCAUGCACAGGGUGCUGCGUCUUAUGAACCCGGCCGCUUGGAAGUCAUGCUCGACCGACGAACUCUAUACGACGAUCAUCGAGGCAUCGGGGAAGGGGUCGUGGACAACAAGCCCACGGUGUUCCACAACUGGAUACUCCUCGAGCCGUCUACUUCCGACAGGCGGAAGAGAGAUACGAGUGAUCACGUGUCCGGGGUAUUGAACAGACGAAACUUCAGUCCAGAUGCAAAGACCACUAUAUACGAACUGCCCACGCGCACCGCCGAGCAUCUGAGCAGGACUAUGAACUACCCUGUGAACGUGUACCUCGUGGACACCAGCGAGGUAGGCAACGUAAACGUGAAGACAUAUCAGACUUUUAUUCAAAACUUUCCUCCGGACGUACAUCUGGUCUCGUUACGAACAAUCACCGAUGAGGUAUUGGAGCAAUUUCCGAGUACUGCCUGCUUUAUGGUACUGCACAGACCUGGAUUCAGCUGUUCGCUGGGCGACGGCUCUCGACGGACUUCCGCUCGCUUCACUGCUAAAACCCUCUUCAACGGAUUGCGCAUUUCUAAUCUGUCCUCCGUGAGCCUGACCGGUCUUAAGACGUACAAGUCGCUCUCCGGACUGGAAGACAUCGAAAUAGCGCCGCUCGAAAUAAAAACCUAUAAAAUAAGGUUUUAAGGACCGUUGGAGUUACAUGUAGACCUUUCGACACUUCCCGUUGUCGGUCUGCGUCGACUCCAGCGCGCGGGCGGACACUUGACAAUGGUAAUGAGAGUAAAUGACUGUUUAGAAUCCCGUAUUUAACUGUUACGUACGUGGCUAAUAGUAUUGUAUAAAUUCCUUUAUCCUUAAGCGCUUCUUUGCAAUCAAACAAAACUAUUACUACAAUUUAUAUUUCGAAACAUGAACUUAUGAAAAUCUAGAUUAAUCUACCUCAGGACCAAAUUAUAAUAAUACACUCACAAUUUUGAAGUAUCCUGCCUAUUCAAAAUAUUCAACUAUUUUCUUGUAUAGCCUAUUCGACAUCGCCGCUACAUCACGAUACUUCGCAUCGCUUUCACACCCUAUUUCGUUUAUAUUAAUUACCUAUGUUAUUAGUACUUUUCAAAGAUCUCUGUAAUACUAUAAAUGGUCAAUGUUAGUGAAAUAGUAAGUUAAACGCAAACGUAACUAUGUAUGUUUUAGUGAUCAGUGACCCGGUCGACCAGGACCGAUUCGGAACAACGGUCACGUGUGACGUCACUGAUUGUUCACAAAUUUUGCCAAAUUUAAUUAUGUAAAGGCAUUAAUUUAGUAAUAAUUUUGAUAUAUUUAUAUUAUAUUUAUCGUUUGUAUUAUUUUCAAGUACAAUAAUGAUUUUAUAUAUUUGGUUGUGUUUGCAUAAUAGUAGAAUUAGGCAAUUUUGUACACUAAGUUACUACUGAUCCGGGAUUACGGCGCGACGUCGCUGCGUCGUGGUCGCUCGGCGUUCUUUUGUGGUAGAGAAACGUUCCUGAAUCUCGUUACGAUCUGUACUAGUACCUAACUAUAGCAUCACCUUGUAAUACUGUGAAUCUUCAUUCUACUAUUAAUAUUGUUGUCUAGAGAUAACCGUAGUUAGUAUUGAAAUGGAUGUUAUUAAAUGUUUAUUAUAAUCGUAAAUCGUCAAAUAUCAAGUAGUUAGCGACUCUUUACAUUGAACAUUAUCUUGAAGUAACAACUUUGUAAUCGUUUAAUUUAUUUGUAUAUAAACUGAAGUGUAAAUAUUAUUUAUUACGAGCCGGUGUUGCUGUGAGCAGCGAACGUCCGCCCACCUGGACGUCAAUCAAUUAUUUUGUACAAAUAUUGUUCACAUAUUGCAACAACUCUUUACUUAUUGUUCGUUCACGUUCACCUUGACUUUAUAAAGUUAUCGAUCAGCGAUCCAGCGUUUUGUUCGAAAUUGUACAAUUUUUGUUUUACAAUAAAA